ACCAUUGUUUUCAAUUUGAAAUUGUGCCAUCAAUUUUAUUCAUAAUUUUGAUUUAUAUUGUACAUUCAUUACACAAAAAUGGAUGUUACAAAUUCAUCGAAUAUGGUAUCAGCGUCAUUGGAACAACCUCGUAGAAGUAGUCGAUUGCAGAAAUUAAAAUCACCCUUAAAACGGAAAAUAAUUCAUUUGAAACAUAUUGAUACAAGCGAUGAUGAUGAUGAUGAUGAUGAUGACGAAAUGAAGUUUGAAAACAAUGACUUUUCAUCGUUAAAUCGAAGCCAAUCGUUUGACAUGUCCGAUAUUUCAUUCGGUAAUCAAUCUUUUCAAAGUCAGAUAUCUUUUUCACAGCUAACACAAAACUCGCUACAAUUUGGUCAAUUUACCUAUCUGAAUUUAUCACCACCAUCAUCAUUAGUUUCGAAUAUCAUUAUUGACCAUUUUUAUAAUGAUGUCGAUUUGGAUAAAAUCAAUGAAUUAUUUUUCAUUUCAAUACAAAACAUUCGAAACAAGCAUGAACUAUUGAUCAAUACGGUCGGUUCAUCAUUGGAUUAUUUGCGACAUCCACAGCCCAAAAUUGUCGAUUUUCUUUGCGAUUUUCUUAAUUUAUAUUCAAAACUAUCAUUCGAUGAAAGUUUAGAUUCUAGCACUGAAAUCGCUCAUCAAUAUUGUCAUGUUGUUGAACAAGUAUUCGAUAAACUUGAUCGUUCACGAAUGAAUUGGACAAGAAUGAAUUUACUCAAUUUGUUUAAAUCAGAUUCAAGAGUUAACAUUUCAACAGUCAUUUCCAAUAAUGAUCAUAGCUAUCUAUUUGAUUUAAUUGAAUUCAUUAACGAUUGUUUUGGCAGCGUUCAACAUCAAUUAAUAACAACAGUAAAGACUGAGAAAAAAGCUAAGAAAAAUUACAGAAAUCAAAGAUUAAAUGCUAUCAAUGUUUCUGUACGAUUAUUUAAAAUUAUCAUCGAAUUUUUGGCCAUUGAUUUUGAAAGAUUCUUACAUGCUUCUUUUGAUUUUCAUAACGAUAUCCAAGGCCAAGAUCGUCCGUUAUUGGUUCGAAUGUUAUGGUCAAAUAAUAAAUAUCCGGAAUACAUGUCCAGCAUAGUUAGAUAUUUCCUAUUCCUAGUGGCUAAAUCCUUUCGAACAUUUGCUAAAAUCAAUACAUCAAUUCAAACAUCGAUCGAUCAGUUACGACAAUCGAAUACUUUCAUUCAAUCAAUCAAUAAAAUGUUGUUCAUAAUAGCCGAAUCAUUGCGUAUGGGUUCGGGUAAUGUACGACCAUAUUUAUCUGUAACAUCUAACCGUAAUCUUGUUGCUGCCGAUCUUUGGUGUCAAAUCGAACGAUGCAAAUUGAAUGAAGAUUUUACUAUCUUACGAUUUUUGUCCAAAGAAUUCCGGUCGCUACCAUGGUUUAAUGUUCAAUUUAUACUGCAAAUAAUGAACCAUUUGUUUGCCGAUCUCAAGCAUACGCUGCCAAUGAUACUCGGUCAGAAUAAUGGUAAUCGACUUCGAAAGACACGUAUCACAUUACGGCUACUUGUAACUGCAUUUCUAACCGGCGAUCUAGAUGAAUUUCGAGUCACACAUUUUAGAAUGAUGCAACGUAAACGAAUUGGUUCAUAUCAGGAUGAAAUCCGAGAAAAAAUUGAACGAUUUAAAGAUGUAAUAAAAUCAUCAUUCAUUGAUCACGAUGAAAAUGAUGCGGGUGAUAAUCAGCUAUCAUAUCAAAUGUAUCUAACACGUAAAACUAGCUAUGGCGGUAAUGCCUUACACAUGGCUUGUCGGCAGAAUGAUACGGAUGCUAUUGAAAAAUUUUUCGAUCAAACACAACCAAAUCAACAGGAUCGUAAUGGCCAUACACCAAUGAUUGAUUGUAUCCGUUAUAAACAUUACAAAUGUCUCCAAACAUUAAUUGAUAUAAGUAAUCGUUCGAAUAAUCCAUUAAAUUAUGAGAUAGCUGUAGCGAAAGAAAAUGGCUAUACAGCCUUACAUUAUGCCAUAAUUAGCGGUAAUAGAGAAUCGAUUCGAUUAUUAUUGGAAAAUGGUGGCCGUCAUCUGCUAUACAUUGAAUCAAAAGAUGGUUAUUCACCCGAAACAAUGAUCAACUGUAUCAUCGACCAACAAUCGAAUGACAAUGAAAUGAAUGAAAAUUUAAGUGAAUUUAUUUCGAAAAUCGAAUCGAAAAAAAUGUCUAAUCAUCUGCCAUUGUUUGAGGAAUUAUCUCGAAAUUUCCAAAUGGAUCUUGAUCAAUUAUUAUCCUAUUAUUGUGAUAUGAUAACAAUCUUAUUCGAUUGUUAUCUUCAAACAAUUCGUAUUCAUCAAUUCAAUUUCGAUGAUAUUUUUAUUGAUCAACAAGCUGAUUAUGACAAAUGUUUUGUCAAACAAAGUCUUUGUCUACGAUUAUCGCAUGAAUAUCAACGAAUAUUUCGACGAAAUCCAUCCGAAUUGGAAUUAGAUAUGCUUAUUGAUGAUUUAAAAAUCAUUGGACGAUUUCGUUACUAUUUGGAACAAUUUAUGAAUCAAUUGAAACAAGAACAAAAUCUUCAAGAUAUCAAGAUUGAUCUAAGAAUUAAAUUUCAAUCAUUACAAUCAUCAAUGAAUUUGAUUCAAACAAAAUUGGGUGAUUUUCUUGUGGAAAAACUUUAUUCAUGUUAAAAUGAAAUGAAAACAUAAACAACAUAUAUAAAAUCAAUGAUUUUUUAAUAAUUUAAUUAU